AUGAGAGGCUUCCUUCCCUGUGCUGUGCUGGCACUCGUGGUCCUGGUGCACAGCUCCGGGGCAGUCUAUGUGCAGGAUGGAGACUUGCAGUUCCCCCUGGAGUCUGUGAAGAAGCUGAAGGAGCUCAUGGAUGACACCAGACGUGUCAACCCUCGCAUGGUGCUUCCCGUGGCCUCCAGUUCUGUGUGUGAGGAGACAAACCUCCCCAAGGAGUUCCUGCCUGUGUGCAAGAGGCAGGAUGCACCCAUGAUUUUCCAGAGGCUAAGCCUGGCUGCCCAGGAUGACCUGUGUGAGAUCUGUGCCAACGCUGCCUGCGCCGGGUGCCUUUGA